AAAACUUGCAGGAUAUAGCUGGAAGAUAAAUCCCCGUGAAGGCGAAGGUAGGGCCGACGUUGUAUGGGUCGAUGCUAAAGACGUGACACUGUCAAACUGGUUGAGAUACGGUAACACUCCAAUAAAUGCCGAAAUGGAAAACCUUGUAGCAUUUCAGUAUAAAGGUGAAAUGUUUUAUCAGGCGUUCAGACCUAUACAACCUGGGUCGGAGCUGUUUGUUUGGUAUGGUGACUCGUAUGGUGAAUUUUUAGAAAUUGAACCAUUCGAUCCCCCGAGAUAUUAUUAUGCAAAAUUCGGUUAUGUGGGCGGUGAAUGUCAUGACGAGGACGAAGGGCUUCCAUGUGUUAAUGAUGAUAACACAAUUUGUGCAGAUAAAUCUUGUUUCUGCGUUUCUGGGACUCACGUGAGAGCGGGCAAAUGUUUUAAAGAUGGAACAUUAGGUGGAUUGUGUACGGAGCUCAACGGUGUAACGUGCAUGCUUGAUAGGAACGCCGAGUGUCAGAAAGGAGUUUGUGUUUGUAAGAAGGAUUCUAUCCCAUCUAAUGGAAUUUGUACAGCAGAGGAGAUGUUUGGAGGAAGAUGUCGAGGUAAAGAUGGAAAGACUUGUAUGAGAGAUGAUAAUGCAGAAUGUGUGCACGGUUUAUGUAGAUGUAAAUAUGGUACAACUGCUAUAGGAAAAUUAUGCCUGAAAGAUGAGAGCUAUCAAGGAAGAUGUAUCGGGGAUGAUGGCGACGCAUGUGAGAAUGACCAACACGCCGAGUGCUUGGACAAGAUCUGUGUUUGCAAGAAAGGUGCUAGUGCAGUCAAUGGAAGUUGUGUUUUAGAUGAAAAAUAUGGAGGUAGAUGUUGGAAUGGCGACGGCACACCUUGUAGACUCGACCAGAAUGCUAUUUGUAUAUCUGGCGUGUGCACAUGUAAAUCUAAUACCAGGUUAAUGAAUGGCAUAUGCCGGACGGAUGGUGCCCUAGAAGGUAUGUGCGUAAAGGGCAAUUGUAAUGGGAAGAAUGUUGACUGCGACUCCAUGUCAAACACGUGCAAAUGUAAGGUAACUCAUUUUCCGUACGCUGGGAAAUGUGUUAAAAAGUAACAGGUUGCAAGAAAUCCAAAAAUUAAAUGUGCAAUACCAUAGUUUCACAGCCACAGCAUGAUCUAUCAAUCAUCCAUGAUUGACCAAAAAAGAGGAAGAUGUUUGAUGGAGAAAAAAUAUAAAGCGGGUGCAUUAAAGAAUGGAAGACACGUGAAUGAAAAACAGACUUUUUAAGAACUGCGUUUGUAUAUCAAUGCAUCAGAAACUGUGUAAAAUAUUCUAUGCUUUAUGUCGGAUUAUCGUAUGUAAUAUUCGCUAAUUAAUGAAAUUUUUUGGUAUGAUUUGAGGCCAAAUUGAUGAUUAAAAUGCUUUUAAUAUCAGGUUAUACAAUGAUAAGCAUGGGAAAUCACUUCUCAUCAAUUAUUGGCGUUUUGCAGCUGUGUAUGAGCCAAAAGGAAACACAAGUGCACUCAGCAAUAUUUAAUGAUCUCUUUUUUACACCAUAAGAUAUUUUAACAUUUUGAUAGAAACUAUGGGUUCGUUUAAAAAAUAUUUUAAGCUUUUAAACAUUAAGUUUUAAUCUUUUUGUAUGUGGAAUAAAUGAUCAAGUAUAAAUACAAAAAAAAUUGUUUCAUUAACAACAAAACAUUUGGAACUGAUAAGUAAUAUUCGGAUGUUUCCGUAAUUGUCAAAAAAAAUGAACACACUGAGUUUUUAACUUUAAAAAAUUAAAACCAUUUUCCGUUGCCCAUUUUUGAAUUUAAUCAAAAUUUUGUUGAAGCUAACAUAUUUUUGACAGAUAGCGUAUGAGAAAAUCAUUUACAAAUAAGAGCAAUCCACACAAGAAUUAAGAGCUAUCGUUUAAGCAGUAUUUACAUUUUUGCUGUGUUGCUUUAUUUUUUUCUAUUUCUAUAUGUUUUUUGGGACACAAAGCGAGAUAGAAUGCAAUAUAGAUUUCGUAUUGAUUUUUUGAUAAAUGAAAUCAAGGCUGUUAAAGUUGGACGAAAUUAUGACUUCAUUGGAAGACAGCAUAAUAAUUUUAAAUGCUCAAAGUUCAUUUGCUACAUUUUUAAGUGGAGAAAAAAUGGAUAUUUAAACAAUCUAUAGUUUUAUUUGUGCGUUGAUGCCAGCAUGCAAGCGUGUGAGUAUGUGCGUUUUUAUUAUAAGAAUAUAUUUUUACAUUUUUAAACCUAUGAAAAUAUGCAAUUAUGAUAUGAUUAUCAAUGUUAUACUUUCAAUUUGUUAAAUAAAAAUAUCCACCUUCAUACAAUCUUUAU